AUGACUUGUCACUUGUGUUUCAGGAACUGCCUUGCCGCCUUACUGGGUGUCUUCCUGGGCCUGAAGCCAGUCAUAGGCCGGGAUGCAUCACAGUCUCAGCCCAACUUCCUCCUGCUCCUGGCAGACGACCUGGGCAUUGGGGACAUUGGCUGCUAUGGCAACAGCACCAUCAGGACCCCGAACAUCGACCGACUUGCAGAAGAUGGAGUGAGGCUCACACAGCACCUGGCAGCUGAGGCUGUGUGCACACCCAGCAGGGCCGCCUUCCUCACUGGGAGGUACCCCAUCCGUACAGGGAUGACAUCUGGUAAUGGCCACCGUGUCCUCCAGUGGGCAGCGGGUGCUGGCGGCCUUCCAGCUGAGGAGAUCACGUUUGCAAAAAUCCUGAAGGAGCAAGGCUAUGUCACAGGCCUCAUUGGGAAGUGGCACCUGGGUCUGAACUGUCACUCCUCCUCUGACCAUUGCCACCACCCACUGAGUCAUGGGUUCCAACACUUCCUGGGGAUGCCACUGGGCAUGAUGGGGGACUGCGCAGUGGCGGAACCUUCUGAGAAGCGCAUGAAGCUGCAGCGCCGCCUGCACCUGUGCAGCCAGGUAGCUGCAGUUGCCUCACUCACCCUGGCAGCUGGGAAGCUCACCCGGCUCAUCCGUGCACCGCGGUGGAUGCUAGUCCUUGUCCUGGCUGCUACUACCGCCAUGUUCGCCGCCGCAUCGCGUCACGUGGGUGACUUCAUCAUAUAUGCUGACUGCUUCCUCAUGAGGAACCACACGGUGACCCAACAGCCCCUGCGCCUCGAGCGAGUCACUGGCCUCAUGCUCAGGGAGGCAGAGACUUUCCUGCAGAGGAACAAGCACCACCCCUUCAUGCUGCUUGUAUCCUUCCUGCACGUGCACAUCCCCCUUGUGACUACUGAGGACUUCCAUAGACGGAGCAAGCAUGGGCCAUAUGGGGACAAUGUGGAAGAGAUGGACUGGAUGGUGGGGCAGAUCCUAGACACCCUGGACCGGGAAGGACUGACAGACAACACGCUUGUGUACUUUGCAUCGGACCAUGGAGGCUCACUGGAGUCUCGUGUUGGUCAUGUGCAGCUUGGGGGCUGGAACGGAGGGUACAGAGGUGGCAAAGGUAUGGGUGGCUGGGAGGGCGGCAUCCGAGUUCCUGGUAUCUUCCGCUGGCCUGGAGUGCUGCCUGCAGGGCGGGUUGUGGACCAACCCACGAGCAUGAUGGAUGUGUUCCCCACUGUGGUCCUCCUGGGAGGCGGAGCCGAGCCAAAGGACAGGGUGAUUGACGGGAGGAACCUGCUGCCCUUGCUACGAGGAGAAACCCAGCACUCAGACCACGAGUUCCUGUUGCACUACUGUGAGGUGUUUCUACAUGCUGCACGCUGGGUACAACGUGACCGAGGAAGAGUCUGGAAGGUUCACUUCAUGACCCCGAACUUCCACCCAGAAGGGGCAGGAGCCUGCUAUGGCAGUGCAGUUUGCCCAUGCUUCGGGGAUGUGACAGAACAUGACCCGCCUCUGCUCUUCGACAUCUCUGCAGACCCGGGUGAGACCCAUCCACUGAAUCCUGACUCAGAGCCCGAGUUCCACGAGGUGGUGGGGAAAUUGAGGCAGGAGGCAGUACGGCAGUGGAGUUCACUGAGCCAGAUCCACCAGCAGCUGGGCACCAUCUACAACAUAUGGCGUCCUUGGCUGCAGCCACGUUGUGGGGAGUUCCCGCACUAUGGGUGUGAUCUCGAGGAGUGAGGGUGGGACUCCUCAUGUCCAUCACC